GCUCAAAGGUGAGAUCGUCGAACGGCACGACUCAGAUGGAGUGAAUUUCAAACUUCAUUGAAGAAAGAAACGAAUCCAAACACGUGAUUUGAUUGUUCACUCUUUAUUCUGCUAAUCUGACUGUCACACUGUGGAUCAGUGGGUUUGAUUUUCAACAGCAUGGCUCAACUGGUGGAGUGUGUUCCAAACUUCUCUGAAGGGAGAAACCAGGAGGUGAUCGAUGCCAUCUCCAAGUCCAUCUCCCAGACCGUCGGCUGCAGUCUUCUAGAUGUAGACCCGGGCUCCUCCACCAACAGGACCGUCUUCACCUUCGUCGGUUCUCCUGAGGCUGUGGUGGAGGGGGCGCUCAGUGCUGCACGUACCGCCUUCAGCCUCAUCGACAUGAGGCAUCACUCAGGUGAACAUCCUCGAAACGGGGCGAUGGAUGUCUGUCCCUUCAUCCCUGUUCAAAAUGUGUCCAUGGAGGACUGCGUCCGCUGUGCUACCCAGUUUGGACAGAGACUGGCAGACAUGCUGCAUGUCCCCAUUUAUCUUUAUGGAGAAGCUGCUCGUCAGGAGAAGAGACGGAGUCUGCCAGCAAUCCGGGUCGGAGAGUAUGAAGCUCUACCAGAAAAGUUGAAACAUGAAGAGUGGGCCCCAGACUUUGGCCCUGCCACCUUUGUCCCAUCAUGGGGUGCCACAGUAACCGGGGCUCGUAAGUUCCUGAUUGCUUACAAUGUGAAUCUGAUCAGUACCAAGGAACAGGCACACCGCAUCGCUCUAGACAUCAGAGAGCAGGGUCGUGGGAGGGAACAGCCUGGACGACUCCAGAAGGUCCAGGGUCUGGGCUGGUACCUGGACGAGGCCCAUCUGGCUCAGGUCUCUACCAACAUCUUAGACUAUGAGGUGACGCCCGUCUCUGCUGUGUAUGAAGAAGUCUGCAGAACAGCAGAGGGGCUGAAUCUUCCUGUGGUUGGGUCUCAAAUCGUGGGACUGGUCCCAUUAAAAGCCCUUUUGGACUGUGCCGAUUUCUACAUUAGCCGAGAUAAGCUGUUCAUCCUGGAGGAAGAGCAUAAGAUCCGCUUGGUAAUUAGCAAACUGGGCCUGGACUCACUGGCUCCCUUCAAACCCAGAGAGAGAAUCAUAGAGUACAUGGUGACACAAUCACAGGAAGAACCGCGUCUGGUGUCGCUUUCUGUUAAAGACUUUGUCAAGAGCGUGGGCGCUCGAACGGCGGCCCCUGGUGGAGGAUCUGUCUCUGCUGCUGUUGCUGCUUUGGGGGCAGCACUUGGCUCUAUGGUGGGUCAGAUGACAUAUGGAAAAAAGCAGUUUGAGAAGGUGGACAGUGUCAUGAGGCGUCUGAUCCCACCAUUCCACCAGGCCGUGAACGAGCUGCUAGAUGUUGUGGACGCUGAUGCUAACGCCUUUAAUGGAUACAUGAUGGCGCUAAAGAUGCCAAAGACAACAACAGAGGAGAUUCAGAGGCGAGACUCUGCACUUCAGGAGGCCUUACAGCAGGCUGUAGGUGUCCCAUUAGGGCUGGCCGAGAAGAUCAGCGCCCUCUGGAGUCCGCUCAAAGAACUGACUGAAUAUGGAAAUGUAGCCUGUAAAUCAGAUGCUCAGGUGGCAGCCAAAGCUUUGGAAACUGCAGUUUUUGGCGCAUACUAUAAUGUCAUGAUUAAUGUUAAGGAUGUGAGUGAUGAGGCGUUUGCAGCCAAAACACGGCAAAGAGCAUCUUCACUGCUGCAGGAGGCCAAGGAUGCUGCCAAUAUUGUCCUCCAGGUGGCGGAGGACAGGAAGUGAUCGGACAAAUCUACAGGGAGACAGGAUGUAGUCGAGAGGACAGAGCUACUGUUUCUUAGAUGUUACAAUUACUCCAAAUUCAAGAGUAACUGAUUGGUUUUAAAUGAUAUGAAAUAGUGUUACUGAGUUACUGUGACUGAACAGCACCACACUGAGGUCAAAGCUGUUUUAAUUUUAGUUGUAAAAGAUAAAAUG